AGCUGGUGCCACUGCAGUGGUCCUGCUGUUGGCACAGCUCAGAAAGCACAGUGGUAACGGCUACUACUUCUGCGAAGAAGUAAUGGUGCACGGUGCGGGGACCCUGUCUUUCGGGGCAGGAAGGAUCACUUAUCCUUUGAGGAGCAGUGGUUUUGAAGGAAGCAGCCUAUCUCCAAGGUGGAAACUAGGAUUUUCCCUCGUAGCACCUCUGUAAAAGUUAGUCUGGCGAACGGACAUCUGGAGUGCUGCUUCUUUGCUGUGUCUUGUUUGGAUCCUCCAUCUCUUCAGGCACCUGGCCCAAGCCUCCAAAUCAGAUUUCCUCCACUCCUCAGGCAGAGAGCCUCAGUUUACUGCACGCAGCUGCCUGGAUCGUGUUGCCUGUCAGAGAACCCAGCCACAGAACAAUGAGACUUACACUUUGAGGAAGGCUGACUGAUCUUGGAGUUAGUAGAGUCUGGGAAGCAGGCAUCAAGCUGUUCCAGGACAGGCACUGAAUUUGUUGGAGGCAUUUGCCACGACCCGGGCUUUGAAAGACUGGCGAAUGUUGGGGCUGUGUGGAGGCAGGCCACACCCACAUAUGUCGAAGCAAGAGAAAAACCAAAGACCGUCCAGCAUGGUCAGUGAAACAUCCACAGCUGGUACCACGUCCACUGUGGAGGCCAAGCCUGGCCCCAAGAUGAUCAAGUCCAGCAAUAAAGUCCACAGCUUUGGGAAGAGGGACCAGGCCAUUCGGAGGAACCCCAAUGUUCCGGUGGUGGUGAGGGGGUGGCUGCACAAGCAGGACAGUUCUGGGAUGAGACUGUGGAAAAGGAGGUGGUUUGUGCUUGCUGAUUAUUGCUUAUUUUACUAUAAAGACAGUCGAGAAGAAGCGGUCCUUGGGAGCAUCCCUCUGCCCAGCUACGUGAUCUCGCCUGUGGCCCCUGAGGACCGCAUAAGUCGCAAGUAUUCCUUUAAGGCUGUGCACACGGGGAUGCGAGCACUCAUCUCUAAUAGCUCCAUGGGGGGCUCUCAGGCUGAGCAGUCAGGCAUGAGGACCUACUACUUCAGUGCCGACACCCAGGAGGACAUGAACGCGUGGGUCCGGGCCAUGAACCAGGCUGCACAGGUGCUGUCUCGAUCAUCGCUUAAGAGAGACGUGGAGAAGGUGGAGCGGCAGGCCGUCCCUCAGGCCAAUCAUGCAGAAUCCUGUCGAGAGUGUGGCCGCGUGGGAUCUGGACAUACGAGGGACUGUUCUCAUCGCAGUCACGAGGAUUCCUUUGGCUUUGAGAGGCGAGAGCAAGAGGAAGAACGGUACCGGUCCCAGAGGGAACCACUGGAGGGCAAGCGGGACAGGAGCAAGGCCAGGUCCCCUUACUCGCCAACUGAGGAGGAUGCCUUGUUCGUGGAUUUACCUGGUGGCCUGAGAGGCCAACAAGCACAGCCCCAGCGGGCAGAGAAGAAUGGGGUGCUGCCCACCACAUAUGGCCCAGUAGAGCAGAACGGGACCGGCGGGUAUCAACGGGCCUUUCCUCCCAGGAACAACCUUGAAAAGCACAGCCAGAGGAAAAGCAGCCUGGCCCAGGUGGAGCACUGGGCAAAAACCCAGAAGGGGGACGGCAGGAGCCUGCCCCUGGACCAGACCCUUCCUCGCCAGGGUCCUAGCCAGUCACUAUCAUUCCCAGAAAACUACCAGACUCUUCCUAGGAGCACCCGACAUCCCUCAGGGGGCUCCUCGCCCCCUCCCCGCAACCUGCCAAGUGACUACAAGUAUGCGCAGGACCGAGCCAGUCACCUGAAGAUGUCGAGCGAGGAGCGCCGGGCACACCGGAACGGCACCGUGUGGCAGCUCUACGAAUGGCAGCAGCGCCAGCAGUUCCGGCACGGCAGCCCCACGGCACCCAUCUGUGCUGGCUCCCCAGAGUUCACUGACCAGGGCCGGAGCAGGAGCAUGCUAGAGGUGCCCCGCUCCAUCUCUGUGCCUCCAUCUCCCUCAGACAUCCCUCCUCCAGGCCCCCCGAGGGUCUUCCCACCCCGGCGGCCACACACGCCAGCGGAGAGGGUCACCGUGAAGCCACCGGACCAGCGGAGGAGCGUGGACAUCUCCCUGGGGAGUUCUCCCAGGAAGGCACGGGGCCAUGCCACCAAGAACUCCUCUCACGUGGACCGACGCUCCAUGCCCUCCAUGGGCUACAUGACCCACACGGUCAGCGCCCCGAGUCUACACGGAAAAUCGCUGGAGGAGCUCUCACUGCUUCUCGCCCGGUUACGGCGGCACCAGGCCAGGUUGGCCAGUGUGCGAAAUCUCGCCGUCGGCCAGUUACUGCAGCACCAGCUGACCUUUCCCGCCUGCCAGGCUGAUGAUACCUACCUCCAGCUGAAGAAAGACCUGGAGUACCUGGACCUAAAGAUAAAAAAUAAUGAACCUUUGAUCAACGUGCUUUACAAAGUGCUGAAGAAGUCAGCACGGGGCUGUCGGCCCAGGAGAAGCAUGACGGGCCGGGACCUUGUCAAGGAUCGAAGUCUGAAACCAGUGAAGAUUGCGGAGAGUGACAUUGACGUCAAACUGAGCAUCUUCUGUGAACAAGACCGGAUCCUCCAGGACUUGGAAGACAAGAUCCGAGCCCUCAAGGAGAACAAAGACCAGCUGGAGUCUGUGCUGGAGGUAUUGCACAGACAGAUGGAGCAGUACCGAGACCAGCCCCAGCACCUGGAGAAGAUUGCUCACCAGCAGAGGUUGCUGCAGGAGGACCUUGUCCACAUCCGGGCAGAGAUCUCCAGAGAGUCCACUGAGAUGGAAAAUGCCUGGAACGAAUACCUGAAGCUGGAGAGUGAUGUGGAGCAGCUGAAGCAGACUCUGCAGGAGCAACAUAGAAGAGCCUUUUUUUUCCAGGAGAAAUCGCAGAUACAGAAGGAUCUCUGGAGGAUUGAAGAUGUCAUUGCAGGCCUGAGUGCAAAUAAAGAGAACUUUAGAAUCCUGGUAGAAUCAGUCAAAAAUCCAGAGAGAAAAACGGUGCCUUUGUUUCCUCACCCGCCUGUGCCUUCACUCUCGACUCCUGAGAGCAAGCCACCCCCACAGCCCAGCCCUCCCACCAGUCCUGUGCGGACCCCUCUGGAGGUUCGACUCUUCCCCCAGCUGCAAACCUAUGUGCCGUACCGACCUCAUCCACCCCAGCUGAGGAAAGUGACAUCCCCUCUUCAGUCACCAACCAAGACGAAGCCCAAAGUCGAAGAUGAGGCGCCUCCCAGGCCCCCACUCCCGGAGCUCUACAGUCCAGAGGACCAGCCCCCGGCAGUACCACCUCUCCCGAAGGAGGCCACCAUCAUCCGGCACACCUCAGUGAGAGGUCUUAAACGGCAGUCGGACGAGAGGAAGCGAGACCGGGAGCAGGGGCAGUGUGUGAAUGGGGACUCACGGGUGGAGCUUCGGUCAUACGUUAGUGAGCCCGAGCUGGCGACUUUCAGUGGGGACAUGGCCCAGCCCUCCCUGGGACUAGUGGGCCCCGACAGCAGGUACCAGACACUGCCAGGCAGAGGGCUCUCGGGGUCCACGUCAAGGCUCCAGCAGUCGUCCACCAUUGCUCCCUACGUCACACUCCGGAGGGGUCUAAAUGCCGAGAGCAACAAGGUGACCUUCCCUAGACCCAAGAGUGCCUUGGAGCGCCUGUACUCAGGGGACCACCAGCGGGGCAAGAUGAGUGCGGAGGAGCAGCUGGAGCGCAUGAAGCGACACCAGAAGGCCCUGGUCCGGGAGCGCAAGAGGACACUGAGCCAAGGAGAGAGGACGGGUCUGCCCUCGUCCCGCUACCUCAGCCAGCCUCUCCCUGGAGAUCUCGGCUCAUGGAAGCGCGAGCAGGACUUUGACCUGCAGUUGCUGGAACGGGCGAUGCAAGGGGAAAGAAAGGACAAGGAGGACAAUGGCUGGUUGAAAGUGCAGGCCAUGCCUGUCACUGAGUUGGACCUGGAACCUCAAGACUAUGACUUGGACAUCAGCAGAGAGCUGUCCAAACCUGAGAAGGUCUCCAUCCCUGAGCGUUACGUGGAGCUGGACCCUGAGGAACCGCCCAGCCUUGAGGAGCUGCAGGCGCGGUAUCGCAAAGCCGAGAAGAUCCGCAACAUCCUUGCUCGUUCCAGCAUGUGCAACCUGCAGCCGACCUCAGGCCAGGACCGGAACAGCGUGGCCGACCUGGACUCGCAGCUGCAGGAGCAGGAGCGCAUCAUCAACAUCUCCUACGCUCUGGCCUCCGAGGCCUCCCAGCGCAGCAAGCAGGUGGCAGCGCAGCAGCUGGCCCUCCUCCCGCCUAAAGCCCCCCUGUCCUCCAGGACGGUGCCACCUUACCCCCCCUUAAGCAACGGACUCCACUACACCUUUGUCUAACACCUUCCAACCCAGGCAGUGACUGACCCGUGACCCAGCGUGCAGAGGAGAAGUCUGGAGCCAGGGGCCCAGUGGAACCACUUCCCUCCCAGAAGAUUGAUCUUCCUUCCCCUCAAGGAAAUCCCUUCCAGCUCAGCAGGGGUUCUGGCUGGAGGAAGGAGCAGCCCAGCAACUGUGGGGUGUUCACCAUAGGCCUAGGUCCUAACACCCCCACCCUGACUUGUUUUAGUCCAGACUCCUUUUUACAUAUGACAAAGGCACUUUUGAUACACACUGUAAAAUACUGACGCUGUAUUUUAGAAUCAGAAUAUAUUUUAUAACGUUCACCUCAAGGGCUGAUUGGCUGGAAAGGUGAGGAUGCAGGAUUUUGGAGCUGCACAAUACAGAUUCAGGUACUGUUUGGGUGGUAGGUGUGGGUGGGGGAGAAGGGCAGGGCGGGCGGAGGCCAGUCCAACAUCCAGUGAACUCAGGUGAAGGUUGAACUUGAUCUGUGCUUCCAGGGGAGCCCGGUGUUGGGUUCAUUGGUGGGCUAUCUGGGGAAAGAGGGGGUCCUUAGCUGUAGAGGUCAGCUGUCCCUGACCUGGCCAAAUGACCAGCCUGGAGGGGGAAACUCCACCAGGGUGGCAUGGGGAGCCCAGGUCUGUGCCUUGGCCCUUGGGUUUGGUUUAGGGGCAGUAGUGUGUUCAAGACAUUUGGCUCCCAAACUGUUCAUGAGCUUCUCUCAACAAAAGGCUCUUCUCGAGAAAAACAGAACAGUUUGCUUUAAUUAAACAAACAAACAAACAAACAAAAUAUAUGUAUACAUACACACUCUGAAACACAGAAAAGGUGAGAGGAAGCACCUUUUAUUGUAUCAUAAGCAAUAAACUUCACACUGGGUGGUGUCCACCUAAAACUCCCUGACUCCACACUAGGCUGUGAUCGGGCUUUGCUGCCUGCCCUGGAGAACCUAGGUCAGCUUCCCCAGGACAUGGUCUGGCGGCCGGAGGUCAGGCAGCGUGCCCCCAACAUCCCUGAUGGCCAGCAGCAGGCCUUUGACUCCACUUCCAGGCCCAGGUGAGGAGCGGACUGCCAAGCCAGGCGCAGUGUUUGUGGCCCUUUAUUUAAGUCAUGAGCUCACAAUAUUCUGCAUACAGAAAAUGAUGUCUUAGGGGAAAGACACACACACACACACACACACACACACAAACAAACAAAAAACCUCCAUUGGGUGGGGCCACACUUUAAAUGAAAAUUUGUCUUUGACUAUGGUUGGAAAAAAAAAAUCUUAACUAUAUUUAGAAACUGCUGUCUAUUUUUAACUAACUCCAUAUGCUGCCAGUAUCAACUUCAUGACAUUUGCCAAAAUAAGAUUUUAUUUUUGCCUUUAUAAGAUUUUGUUGGAAAAAUGAAAUGAAUAUUUUGCAAGAAAAAGUUAAUUUAAAUAAAAGUGUAAUGGUUUGCAAAAAAAAAAUUGUGAUGUACAGAUUAAAAUAUUAACCUGA